AUGUUUCUGAUUUUGCUUGUCUCCUUUAACAUCGCUGCUGGUCAGAUCCGGUACUCUAUACCAGAGGAGAUGAAGAAGAGCUCUGUUAUUGGUAAUGUGGCGCAGGAUCUUGGUUUGGAUAUGAAAAGGCUACGUUCAGGCCGUGCCCGUAUCGUUACAGGAGAAAACAACCAGUACACCGAGCUGAAGACAGACAAAGGGACUCUGGUCGUGAAUGAGAGAAUAGAUCGAGAGCAGCUCUGUGGAGACACGACGCCGUGCAGCUUCAGCUUCGAAAUUAUUCUGGAAAAUCCUAUGGAGUUGCAUCACAUAACGAUUGAACUCAUAAUCCAGGACCAGAACGACAACCCCCCUCAGGUCCUGUACCCGGUCCAGACUGGAGGCUCAGUGGUGGCUGAGAUGGUUCCUCGUGCAGCAGAUGUGGGCUAUCUGGUGACUAAAGUGGUGGCUGUUGAUGUGGACUCUGGACAGAAUGCCUGGCUGUCGUAUAAACUGCAGAAAGCCACAGACAGGGCGCUGUUUGAAGUGGGCUUACAGAAUGGAGAAAUCAGAACUAUCCGCCAAGUGAGUGAUAAAGAUGCUGUGAAACAAAGACUGACUGUUAUAGUGGAGGACAACGGGCAGCCGUCUCGUUCAGCUACAGUCAUUGUGAACGUGGCGGUGGCGGACAGCUUCCCUGAAGUGCUGUCAGAGUUCACUGAUUUUAACAACGACAAGGAGUACAAUGAUAACCUGACUUUUUACUUAGUGCUGGCUUUGGCCGUGGUGUCCUUCCUCUUCAUCACGUGUGUGGUGGUUAUUAUAUCAGUGAAAAUCUACAGAUGGAGACAGUCUCGCGUCAUGUAUCACUCCAAUCUCCCUGUGAUUCCAUAUUAUCCACCACGUUACUCAGACACUAUGGCCACAGGGACUCUGCCGCACGUGUACAAUUACGAGGUGUGCAGGACGACUGACUCCAGAAGGAGUGACUGUAAGUUCGGCAUAGCUGGUAGUCAGAACGUGCUGAUCAUGGACCCCAGCUCUACAGGGACCAUGCAGCGGAUACAGAGUGAGAAGAGCAUCCUGGAUGAACCAGACUCUCCUCUUGAGGUGAGGUGA